UCUCCACCGUCGCAAAGUUUGGCGGCCAAGAGGAAGUGACGUAACAUACAUGCGCGCUAUUAGGGCGUGGUUAGGGAAAGGGGAUCGGGGACUGACAGUGAUUGCUGUGCAGCCAAAAAACCAGCGUGAAAGGUGCACCAUGGGUCGUCUGGAUGGGAAAGUGAUAGUACUGUCUGCUGCUGCGCAGGGAAUUGGACGUGCUGCAGCAAUUGCUUUUGCAAAGGAAGGAGCUCAAGUCACUGCAACAGACAUAAAUGGAGAGAAGCUCAAGGAGCUGGAUGGUAUUCAAGGAAUCCGAACCAAAGUGGUGGACGUAACUAAGAAGGACCAAGUGGAAGCUUUGGCUAAAGAGCAUGAUCAUGUGGAUGUGUUGUUCAAUGUUGCAGGGUUUGUGCACCACGGCAGCAUCUUGAACUGCGAGGAGGCCGACUGGGACUUCACUAUGAAUGUCAAUGUGCGGAGCAUGUAUCUCAUGUGCAAGGCUUUCCUGCCAAAGAUGUUGGAAAAGAAAUCGGGAAACAUUAUUAACAUGUCUUCAGUUGCUUCAAGCAUAAAAGGUGUGGUGAACCGUUUUGUGUACAGCACAUCGAAGGCCGCUGUAAUAGGACUCACCAAAUCAAUAGCAGCAGAUUUCAUUGAGCAAGGCAUCCGCUGCAAUUGUAUUUGUCCUGGAACUGUUGAUACUCCGUCCCUCAGGGGCAGGAUCCAGGCUCAACCUGACCCAGAAAAGGCAUAUAAGGAUUUCAUGGCCAGACAGAAAACAGGCAGAAUGUGUACAGCUGAAGAAGUGGCACACCUCUGUGUGUACCUGGCCUCGGACGAGUCAGCCUACGUGACUGGGAAUGAGCACAUCAUUGAUGGAGGAUGGAGUCUAUGAAACUGUCAUAAGAAGAUUCUAUACUGUAGAAUUCAAGCUUAAAAUAAAGCUCCACAGCUUAACGGUGAUUGUUAUGCAGUCAGUGAUGGGAGUAUCGAUACAAAGGUAUUGAAAUAUAUGUGAUUUUUGGUAGUGACUACUCAAUUUAAGUAUUGAUUACUAAUGAAUAUAUGAGAAAAUAAAAGUGCAUGUGUCCUUUCUAGAAAUUGUUAGUGUGUUACUCCAGUGUUUUGUGCAGAAACAGCCUCCAGCCCACAACAUAUUAAACUGCUCCAUCAGCCAUGUGACCACAGGUUCCCUUAUGCUUUGGUCACAAAAACAACCAAUCGAGGCAUUGAGAAAAUCUUCAAGAUUUCUUGCCGUCGCCCAAUUUGUUUUGAAAAUGGUUGGCGUGGUCAUGAUUGUACAUGGCGGCAGCCAGUCACUUUUAGCACAAGGGUUAUAGGAUUAAAGUUGUUACCUAGCCAGUUUUAGAUAGUAUUUGUUCAUAGAAUGCCUGCCCGAUUUCGUUAUGGCGUCAUCCCCGUCUGUCAUUUGACUGCCACAGCGCAACUUCAAAACGUGCCCAGGCGGCCUCUGACCGAUGUCGGCUUUUAGUGAAAAAUUGACGUAAAAUUUGAACUUUUUCUUAAAAUGUCUGCAGACACCUGCAGAAUUUGCUAAAAAAA